CAGAAAUAUAAAGUAAUGGCGAGUUGUCGUCAUUCUCAACAAACAAAUUUCAAGGAAUUGAAGAUGGACGGGGCCUCGAAGUUUGUAAAAGGAGUAUUAGGCGAUAUAAGCAGCCGUUCGGCUUAUUCUCAAAUGCUGAUUGGCGUUACAUCAGGAUGGGCGACCGGCUACACGACGAUGAAGUUUGGAAAGUUUGCUGCUUUUGCAAUUGGUGGUAGUAUUAUCUUAAUAGAAAUUGCACACCAGGAGGGAUUCAUCAAAAUUGACUGGCCAAAGUUAACUAGAGGUGUCGAUAAAAUAGCUGAGAAAAUGGAAUCUUCAAUAUCUGGCAAAGAUCCUAAUUGGAUGGAUAAGACGGAGAGAUUUGUUGAUCGUAAACUCGAUAAAGCAGAAAGUCAAUUAAGAGGAAAGGCUAUGAAAGUAAAGAAGUGGUACGCUAAAUAUAUUGGAGAUGAAGAUGGGCCAAAAAUAAAUGAUCUUCACAUUUUCUUAACCGCAUUCGUUGGAGGAAUAGCAUUAGGUGUUGCCUCAGGCUAAAUAAAUAAUUUAUUAUGUAUUGUAUGUAAGCAAAGACAAAAACUUCUAAUCGAAUUGAAAAUAAAAAUUAUAUCUCAAGUA